AUGCGUCUCGACCUUCGUCGCCAGCCGAAACAGCGGGGGGUCUCUGUGGCUGCUCGGAACACGGGUGAAGCUGCGCGCGACGCUUCUGGUGCUUCCGGUGACAACGCCAUGGCCUCCAAUGGCACAAGCGCGUCCAGUGAGGUGGUCAUCUUGGACUACAAGGACGUGGUGGAAGGGAAGGAUUUGAAAGCCGAGAUUGCCAAGGCCUAUGGCCCUGGUGGCUUGGGGAUUUGCGCCCUUCGCGGCGUUCCGGGCCUCGAAGACUGCCGGAAGAGGCUCCUACCUUUAGCACACAAGCUGGCUCACUUGCCCAAAGACGUGCUUGAGAGCUAUGAGCGAGCCGAUGCACAUUACUGCGUGGGCUGGAGCCACGGCCGAGAGAAGUUCAAGGGGAAGCCCGACAUGGCCAAAGGCAGCUUCUACGCGAACCCCGUCUGGGAUGAUCCAGCGGAAGGGGAUGAAGCGGUCCGAGAAAAGUACCCCUACGCGGCGACGCGGAACAUUUGGCCCAAGGAGGUGCCUGAAAUGGAGGCAGCCUUCAAAGCCAUGGGGCAGCUAGUCUAUGACUGUGGCAAGCAUUUGGUGAAACACUGCGAUCGCUUCGUCCAGUCGCAAUAUCCCAGUCAUGAGCAGCAACUGCAUGAUGCUGCCUACAAGAACUCCAAGAUGCUCGCUGGCCGGUUACUACACUACUUCUCACCAACCCCUGACAACUCCACGGACGAUGCCUGGUGUGGCUGGCACAACGACAACAGCGUCUUGACUGGUUUGGUCCCUGCGAUGUGGCUCUAUGAAGAUACCGGGGAAGAGGUCCCAUCCACCACCAGCCUCUCCAGCACUGGCGGGCUUCACGUCCGUGGACGCGACCGGAGUGUCUUGCGCGUGCCGCUGCCUUCCGACUGCCUGGGCUUUCAGAUAGGCGAGGCCGCCCAGGUCUUGAGCGGAGGGGCCUUGGUGGCGACGCCGCACCAGGUCCGCUCCCAUCAACGGAGAGAGGGUGAACGGCCCAUUUGCCGGGAGUCCUUCGCACUCUUCAUUGAGCCGCAGUGGGACGCGGCGAUUGCACCUCCCAAGGGCGUGGGCUACGACUCCGUUUUGAAAGAAGAGGAGACUGAGUUGAUCCCGCCGCUCUCGAAGCGGCUGAAGCGCACGCCGCCGGACGAGACGCCGGUGGUCUUUGGAGAAUAUCUGGCGGAUUCCUUCCAAGAGUACUACAAACACAACAACUGA